UGUCUCGGGGCAGCGGCGGCCAUGGCUGGCGGGCGCGCGGGGUGGCGGGGGGCCGGCGGCGCUGGCGGAGCCGCGGCGGCUGAUGCGCGCAGGGCUGGGUCUUAUCGUGCUUGGCCACGGCAGCCUGGUGCUGGGUGCCAUCGUGCACGGCUCCGUCCUGCGGCAUGUGGCCCGCGCCAGCCGCGCUGUCACCCCUGAGUAUGCGGUGGCCAACGUCGUGUCCGUGGUCUCCGGGUUGCUGAGCAUCGCUGCGGGCAUCGUUGCCAUCCUGGUGUCGCACAACCUGUCCCGGGCAGCCCUGCAUUGGACCUUACUGAGUGUGUCCCUGUUGAACUGCCUGCUGUCCACAGCAUGCAGCGUGGGCCUGGCGCUAGCCAUCGCCCUCACAGUUCACAGCCGUGGCAUGCGCCUUGUCACAGGCUGCAACAGCUCUGCACUGCCGGCUGACGCCCGUGCAGCCAUAGCGACCAACGACUGUCCCUUCAACACCACCCGCAUCUAUGACACAGCCCUGGCGCUCUGGUUCCCCUCCAUGGUGCUGGUGGCUGCAGAAGCUGUGCUAUCUGGCAGGUGUUGUUUGGUGGCCCUGAUCCUACAGGGCAUCGGCCCCUGUGGACGCACCUAUGGCAAAGACCAGCUGGUCAGCCAGGUACUCUGAAGGAGGGGCAACGCCUGUUUGGGGUGGCUGAGACUUGUGCCUAGUGGGAGGUGGCGCUGCAUGAGUGCUCUGAUACAGUGGGGGGGGUGUGAAGCUGUUACCCUGCACCUGCCACAGGUGUAGGCAUGGGUAGGGUGGGCUGCGGAAGAGAUAUGCUCACCCGUGUCCCUUCUGCCCCCCCCCCCCCCCCCCCCCCCCCACUGGGACAAACCCUGAAGGUCCCAAACAAAAGGUGCCCAUAGUCAUCAGGCAGCCUUUGCCCUGCAGGUGCCAUGUUCCCUGAACACCCUCUCCAUGCCUCCCCAGGCCAUGAGCCCCUUCCUGGUGCACUAAAAGCUCCGUCAGUCUCUCACGUGCACAAGCAGGGGUAGAGGGGUUGGGAAGGUGCCAUGGCCUGGCAAUAGCAAGGGUUGGCCUCAUCCAGCUGCAGUGCAGGCAAGGCCAGCUUGCUUUGCCUGUGCUCAGAAGCAGGCCAAGGAGCAGCUGAAGAACCUCUUUGUUGUGAGCCACUGUUGUUGCUCUGAGUAAUAAAGUUUUAAUUUUCA